AUCGACAUCUCUACUACUCAAACAACAUACACAAUGGACGGUGACGCAUCAGCAAAGACCAUGGACAAGGGAGCCUCUGCUGCCCUGAGAAACGACGAUAUGGGCAUCAACGCAGUCCACGAGGACUCAGUCCCCAGAGGCGAGCCCGCAGGCGAGAAGACCACUGGCACCGGUACCUCAGCAUUCAGCGCCGAUGGCAGCAUUGGCAAACAAUUCAAUGCCGACGGAGCAAUUGGCCAGAUUGGUGAGAAGGUCGGCGGACCUUUCUCAUCACAAGGCAGCAUCGGCAAGCAGUUCACCACCGAGGGAAGCAUCGGUGGCACUGUCCAGCAGAACCUUGGCCAGGGCGAGAACAACACUUUCCAGAAGUAA